GCAGAAAAACUGUGAAAUACCUAGAUAAGGGUAGCAAAAGACUCAGUUUUACCUGAAACUCUUGAAAGGUGAGACACAAGAUCAUCAUAUCCACUGCUGAAAGGUAUAAAAGGUGCAGAGAAAAAUGAAGACGAGCCCAUCCCAGAGAUGCAGUGGAGUGGUGGUGUUAUCCUAUGUGCUUCCUGCUGUACUUGGCUGAUCCUGAGCAGACUGAUGCAUACAGUCCUGUGCAUCCAUCCUGUUUGAAGGGGUGGGUUGUGCAGGUGAGUUUCUGGCUCCUUGUGCCUUCCUGCUGCCGUGCUCCCGGUCUGAUGCUGUGGAUGCUGUCUGGCAGACACUGGACACUGCUGCAGGCAGACUCUUGGGCUGUCUUUGAAGAAAGCAAACUCACCAGUCCUUAACCAGCCAGCAAAGAUUUUCAAACCCAUGUGGAAGAAAUAAGCCUAGAAGUUCUCUCAGAGAAGAUACACUAUAGAAAGAUAGGGUUAGGAGGUGGAGACUUCCCAGCGCUGCCUGUAGCUGAAUCACAGCUGUAAAACGCUGCCAUAAAGCCUGUGUGGAUUCCUAGUAAGAUGGAUGCUCUACAUAAGUUGAAGAUUUUGGUGAUGUUUCUGUCUCUGGCUACUUUCACGGUCAUGGUGAUAAUGAAUGCUGGGAAUGCCACUGGUACUUUCAAAGGUCUGUUCAGGACAACCCCUGGAAACAUCUCAGCCAAGUACAGCACUGAUUUCACACCAGCUGGCUGGACUUUCCUCAUCUGGAAUGUCAUCUAUGCCUGGCAGCUUGCCUGGCUCCUCUACGCCUUGUCAGGGAUCUGUCGAAGGAAUGAACUUGGAUAUGUCUUCAUAAAGCCAGACUUGCUGCCAACACCUUUUUAUGUGGCAUGGUGUCUGAAUAAUUGCCUCAAUGUUGGAUGGCUCUUUCUGUGGGACCGAGAAUACCUCCUUCCAGCUCUGGUGUUCCUGGCAGUCCUCUCUCUUACCACAUGUGUCUCCCUUUUUGUUUCCCACCGAGCCUUGAGCAUCCAUUCCUCGUGGUUUGUGAAGGCACACAAAGCUGAGCUCUGGCUCAUCCGUGUUCUGGUGCAGAACGGGCUGGCCCUGUACGUGACAUGGACCAGCAUCGCCACGCUGCUGAACUUCGCCAUCGUGCUGAUCUACAAGUGGAACGUGCCCAAUGAGAAAGCAACCACUGCUUCCCUGAGCAUCCUGGCUCUCAGCCUGGUGAUAUGGUUUUAUCUAGAAAACUACUUUCUCGACAAGUAUGUCCGCUAUAACCUCACAGUCUACCCAGUGGUGAUAACAGCUCUGACUGGCAGCGCGUGCAGGAGCGGCUCGUUUUCAUCCCCGCUGACCAACGAUGUUUUUAUAGUUGUUCUGCUGGCACUGACGUGCUUGAUCUUUGCUGUUCGGCUGGGACUAGUCACAUGGAGACACUGGAAGAGACCACUGGAAGCAUCAGAAUCCCGAGGUCCAUCAGGCACAGUGGCCUGAGACCUCUGUGCACUUUGGGCUGAUACUUGAAAGGGAGAAAAAAGAAUUGGGCAUGUGCUGGUCCUUCCUUCCUGUACCCAUUUCCUGUGAAUGUCUUUCCUAUUCUCCAUUCCAAAUGCAGAUGUCUUGUGUCUGCAAAUGUGUCUUGCUCCCACAUUCCCUCGGAUCAGCUACUCACAACCCUGUCUUGAAUUCCUUUGAUUUUACCCUGGAAAAGUUCAGGAAAAGAUCCUGAGCAGCCCUGUGCACCUUUGUGAUGCCUGCGCUGUGACUCUUCUCCUGCCAGUGCAAGGAGGGCUGCCAACAGGCACCCAGCAGGCUUGCACACACAGUUGUUUUUUCCUUGGUAGCUCACUUUCUUUGAAGCGCAGAUCCAAGUGAACUGUCCCUGGGGUUCCACGGAAGCAGUGGGAGGUCUGUCAUUCCCUUGGCCACUGGUGCUGAGCAUCCUCAAGCCCUGGUGCUGUCAGCAGAUCUCCUUCAGGCAGCCACUGCUCCUUUUCUGCUUCUCUUCAGCAUGACAGGAGCAGAUACUACAAUUUGAUAUCUACCUUUGCAGUGUCAGCUCUGCUGUUUGAUAUUCAUGGGAUCGGGGGGAGUGACUGAAGAUUUCUGACACAAAUGUAUUGCCUUUCCCUGAGCUGUGCACAGCUUGGGCUGGCUGGAUGUCUCUCACUGGGGGAGAGUUUGUGGCUACUCUGGAAGGAGGUUAGAUGUACAGAUGAGCAAGCACCUGAUCUAGGGUGAAGCCUGAUGCUUCAAAGGAAGCCUGUUUAAAAAAAAAAAAGAAAAAUUGAACUGGUAGAGCGAGUUCACCCUGGAUCAGUGCCUUCUCAUGUGGCUUCACCACUUCUGAGUGGGGAUUAGGAAGCCUAAAACUGGAUUAACUGAGUUUUUGGACCACUGCCUUUCCUUCCUGUGCCUAAUUGAGAGUUGGUGGUGCUUCACAGGUGUCUGGAAAGUCUUUGCAUCAGGAAGGUGCUUUCAGUGCAUCCUGUAGCAUUAUUAACACAGCUAAAUUCUAUAAUAACAUGAGCUGUUGUUUACAUCUAACAAAAAACCAAAAGCAGUGUAAUGCAAUUCCUCUCAUCAUUCUGGUGUGUUUUUUAAAAAUUUUCAAAUAAAUAAUCUAAUUCUACCACUCUGA